AUGCCUUUUCUGUUGCUAAAGACGACACUAAUCCGAACAUUAUUCGUUAUACAAUUCGGAUGCAGAUUAUGGAAUUCGAAAUUUCACGGUGACCGUUGUGGUACACUUGAUAGUGGCAAACCUACAGAUCCCAGUCAAUACACUAUGUAUUACAAUGCGCAAGAUCUAAAUGCUGUCGUUGAUGCGGUUGUUAAUAAAAGUCCCGGGGAAAAAGUAGGUCAAACAAUUACUCCUGUUGCUGCACUUCUCGACCAAGUAGCGAACCGCGAUUCAGAUGGAUUCGUGUACACACUUGCCGAAGACUGUAUUCUUGCAGCGGCAAGAUAUGGCAAAAGAAUCACGCAUGCUGAAUCUGGUCAUCUUAUUUUCUGGGAGGAGCCGGCAGACUUGCUAAGAAUUUGUAGUGUUUGUUAA